ACGGCCAUUGGCGCGCUCAAUGGACGUCGUCACGUUCUGCUCCAGAACCUUCCCGCCGCUCCAACUGCAAGAAAGUCAGCGAGAGGUUGAAAAUUACACCGGCAAAUCAUUAGCCACUCGGGAAAUCGGAAUUUUGUGAAAUUUUGUGAACCAUGUCUGGGGAUCUCGGAUGCGUGAUCGUGGCCGUUGACGGCAGCGAAGAGAGCAUGGGUGCUUUGCGGUGGGCGUUUGAAAAUCUCAAGCUCCGUUCAUCGGCGCCGGACUCCACUGACGGCACUUUUGUUGUGCUGCAUGUUCAAGCUCCUCCUUCAAUCGCCGCUGGUCUUAGUCCUGCUCCAAUCCCCUUUGGUGGUCCUAGCGAUCUGGAGGUUCCUGCCUUUACGGCAGCGAUUGAGUCGCAUCAGAGGCGGAUUACAGCUGCGAUAUUGGAUCAUGCUUCACAGAUUUGCUCCGAAUACCGAGUGAAGGUGGAAACUAAAGUAGUAAUCGGAGAUCCAAAGGAAAAGAUCUGUGAAGUGGCCGAGAAUUUGCAUGCUGAUUUGCUGAUUAUGGGGUCCCGUGCUUUUGGUCCUAUCAAAAGGAUGUUCUUGGGAAGUGUAAGCAACUAUUGCACCAAUCAUGUAGAAUGCCCGGUCAUCAUAGUCAAGGACAAGAAAAGGGGCAGUUUGUCUUGAGCUUAAUAGAUUGCAGGUUUCUUUUUCUGUUAUGUGUGCCUCUUACCAUCUUAUCGAUGCUCGCUGACGUGUCGUAUUCAUCAAUUGGAUUACUUUUCUGCUUCCCUUUCUGCUGUUUUGUAUGUGCAGCCAUAUUAUGCGUUGCAGUGUCUUGUGCGAGCCAUAUUCAUUUUUCAUCGGCAAGUUUUCCAAAACAGUAAACAGUAAGUUCCUCCGUUUCUGUAUUUGUUAGGCUUCACAACAUCAUCUGUUGUCCCUUUGUUUAUAUACAAAUCCUUUAUAUGGCUUGGCCAUUGAAAAAUUGCCCUGCCUUUUGGCAACCUCAACUGUACUGAGUAACUUUUGUGUGUUAUUCUUUCUUUUUUGUCCUUGUAUGUCAAAAAGCUGGAUUGAAUCCAUUUGUUACAGAUAUUUGUUAUAAAAUUCAUGUGCCUUUCUUUACCCA